AUGAUUCAACGACAACGUACUACUGAAACAGUUGACACCGAUGGUCGUUUACCAGAAAAAUUGAGAAAAAGAUAUCGUGACGAAGGCUUCAUCUUGCACGAAGACAAAAAGUUAAUUACCUUUGCAAAGAAAACUAAUUUAUAUAUUCUGAAUCAAAACAAACAUUGGUUCGCUGGUGGAAGGUUCAAAGUGUGUCUCAACGAUUAUUACCGACUCUUCACAUUACAUACGAUGAUGACCAAUGCAAUUACUCCUCUCGUCUAUGGGUUAUUAAUUGGUAAAAGCGCUGAAGAUUAUAAUUUACUCUUCGAAAAAGUGUCAAAACAAGACAACUUUCAACCUGAAUCAAUUAUGACUGAUUUCGAAACUGGCACAAUCAAGUCAGUCAAAGAUAUGUUGCCAAAUAUUUUACACAGAGGAACUGGUCGAAAGAAGCCUCAAUUCGAUCAUAAAUUAUGGAAUAUUCAUGAUCGUGUCGUCGCUACUGUACCUCGAUCCAACAGUUCGGUUGAAGGUUGGCACAAUGCUUUCGCUAGUCGCGUCGCAAUAAGCCAUCCAACGAUCGUGAAACUGGGAGAGAAAAUUCGUCGUGAACAAUCAAAAUUUGAAGUGGAUAUGACGAAGAUUCUUCAAGGCCACAAUAUCAAGACGAAGAAAGCCUGCUAUCGAAAAUUGGACGAGCGUAUUACUCGACUGGUCAACUCAUUCGACCCAACUCAACUGGAUCAAUUUUUAAAAAAUAUGGCAGCUAACAUUGCUCUUUGGGUAUUUUUUUUUCUUUAA